GUCGCGGAGGAGGAGCCGAGGCGCGGGACCAGACGCCCGGUGCGGAUCGUCGGCGGCCGCGGCAGGUGUUUAGAGAUCUACACUUGCUUUUAAGGACUGCUUUGGCUGAAUCUCCCAAAUUUUGGCCUCUAAGGUUGGAAAACGUAAGAAGUGUUACUGUUGACCUUACUAAAUUUUGUGCCUUGGACAUCUGUGCUAAGUGAAGGACCCUGCAUCCACUACUAAGUGACUACCAUGGGCCUACUUGCAUUUCUGAAGACUCAGUUUGUUGUACACCUGCUCAUUGGGUUUGUUUUUGUUGUAAGUGGGCUUAUCAUUAACUUCAUCCAGCUGUUCACCCUUGUCCUCUGGCCUAUCAACAAGCAGUUUUACCGAAGAGUAAAUUGUCGCCUUUCCUAUUCGUUAUGGAGCCAGUUAGUCAUGCUUCUGGAAUGGUGGUCAGGCACAGAAUGUACUUUAUUCACAGAUCAGGAAACAGUGGACAAGUUUGGAAAAGAGCACGUGGUCAUCAUCCUUAAUCAUAACUUUGAAAUUGACUUCCUGUGUGGCUGGACCAUGUGUGAACGAUUUGGUGUAUUGGGGAGCUCUAAAGUCCUGGCUAAGAAAGAACUUCUGUAUGUGCCCCUUAUUGGCUGGACGUGGUACUUUCUCGAGAUUGUAUUCUGCAAAAGAAAGUGGGAGGAAGACAGGGACACUGUUAUUGAAGGAUUAAAACGUUUGUCUGACUAUCCUGAGUACAUGUGGUUUCUCUUGUAUUGUGAAGGAACUCGAUUUACAGAGACAAAGCAUCGAAUUAGUAUGGAAGUGGCUGAAUCUAAGGGAUUACCCAAACUCAAAUAUCAUUUGUUGCCCAGAACCAAAGGCUUUACCACUGCAGUCCAGUGUCUCAGGGGAACAGUUGCAGCAGUCUAUGAUGUAACACUCAAUUUCAGAGGGAACAAGAAUCCAUCAUUACUAGGGAUCCUUUAUGGAAAGAAGUAUGAAGCAGAUAUGUGCGUGAGGAGAUUUCCUCUGGAAGAUAUCCCACAGGAUGAAAAGGAAGCAGCAAAAUGGCUUCAUAAACUUUAUCAGGAGAAGGAUGCUUUACAAGAGCUAUACAAUCAGAAAGGUGUGUUUCCAGGGGAGCAGAUUAAACCCACCAGAAGACCAUGGACUCUCUUGAAUUUCCUCGCAUGGGCAACUAUCCUUCUAUCUCCUCUCUUCAGUUUUGCAUUUGGUGUUUUUGCAAGUGGAUCACCCCUUCUGAUACUUACAUUCUUAGGAUUCGUUGGAGCAGCUUCCUUUGGAGUCCGUAGACUGAUAGGAGUAACUGAAAUAGAGAAAGGUUCUAGCUAUGGAAACCAAGAAUUCAAGAAAAAGGAAUAAUUAAUUGCUACAGAUUGAACACAUGUAACCAGAUGGUGUGGUAUCAAAUUAACUUAAUUAAAAACAAAACAGCAGAAAAAAAAACACUUAGAAACUAUCUUUUUUCUUAUUAACUGGUGACUAAUAUUAAUAAAUAAAACUUGAGCCAAGAGUGAAGAAAUUGGAAAGAUUGACAGAAGAAGAACAUCAACUUUCUGCCUGUGUUCACAGUGUAAGGAUCUCAGUGUAAUUCAGACUUUGGAAGAAUAUCUGAGCUUAAAAAACUGGUAAUAUUUUACUUUGUUGAUGGGAAAGGUGGCGUCAGGGGAUUUGAAUUCUCCAAAUGACUACUCUCACAAGUAUGUGGUUUUUUUUAAGAAGCCUGUGCUUAUAGAAGGAAGUUUGUUGGAUGUUUUCUCUUAAAGCUAAGGUGGUUCUUUAAAGAAAGAAAAAGAAAAGAAAGGGGUGGGGGUGGGGGGGCAGCAUUCCAGCAAGUUUUCCUGCUCUCUCUUCCUCCUUUGAUCCUCAACAAGCUUUUCUCCAGAGGGAGGGAAAAAGUACUUUUUAAAGUGAAUCAACAGCUCUUCCUUCAGUGAAGUUUUGAAUAAAGGAUCAUGGGAACAGAGAGUACCUGGCCUCUUCUGCUCUGAUUUUCAGGUAGUACUUGGCAGCUUCUGUACUAUGGAAGGCACCUAUGAAGAAAUAUCUCUCCUAGUGAUAUAAGCACAUAUUGAUGGAUUGAAACUGAGUAGAGUUUUUUUUUUCUUUCCACUUGUCUUAGUUUAAUGCCUUUAUUUUCUAGAGCUAAUGUUUGCCCCAUUUUCUAAAUGCAGAAAUGCAUUUUCUAAAUACUUAUUCAUAGAUAAUGGUGUUUUUGAAGCAAGGUAACCCUAGGAACUAUAUCUAUGAAAAGAGAAUUAUUUACUCCGUAGUUUUGCAGCCCUUUUUUCCAUUUCUCUGUUUGUUACUACUAGAAUCCCAUUUUUCUCUACCAUUGUACCCAGGAGUUGCUACAUUGCAUGGAUUUCCUUUUUCAAUCAGUAAGCAUCAUGAAGCACCUUAAUUACUUUUCCUCUCUGUUGUACAGUCUAAGGAAUAGCACAUCUACAGAGAUUUUCUAUUAUGUGCAAUGGAGGCAUUCUUUUUUCCUUAUAUCAAAUCUAUAGGAUGCCCUUUCAGUAGUUAGGCCCCGUUGAGCCCCUUUCUGUCAUAGGUAGAUGGAGAUACUGAAGACUGGUUGUUGUUUUUUUUCCCAAGGUUUUUACUUUUAACAUAAGAAACAAAUGAAAAUGUUUAUGAAUUUUGAUUUAUUGCUGAAAAUAGAAGGCAAAGAAUUUGGCUUUUUAAAUUUAUUCUUUUCAUUCACCCAUGCCCCAAACAAGUAGGACAUGUUAUGUUCCUGGAGGCAGACCCUCAUUGUAUUUAGGUAGGGUAGUCUUAAUACACUAUGAGUGAAUAAAUGCAGAUUUCUUUGUAGCAUUGAAGAAAUCUUGUCUAAACCCAAGUUAAACCUUUAUCCCAGUUGCAUAAAAAUUAGAAUCCUUAAUGUUCUAAUUGGUGUUGAAGGAUAAUAAUGAAAUAUUUUACUUUUUUCUGUAUAAUCUCAAGUCAUAUUAUUUCCCCAAAGUAUUUACUUUAACUUGUGGCAUUAGGUAAAGAUUUUAGGACUUUUAGGUAAACUGUUCCUCAUUGGAAUUGUUUAUUUUACCACCUAGCCCUAAAAUAUGAAGUCUCAUGGGGGUGGCAGGGGAGAAAUUAUCUCAGAAUAGUAUAUCUCACUCUUCCAGCUAAUCCAUUCCUCCCUAGCUAAGCACUGUGUUACCAGUCCUGCCUUUAUUUACCUUUUUUUCUCAUAUUUUCUAGUCACCUUUUCUUAGAUAUUGUUAACAUUCUCUAUCACCUUCUAAGGGGAAAAAAGAGGUGUUUCUUUUGAUAUUUUCAAACCAGAAUUCAAAACGGAUUGAAUUUUCUGUGAAAGCAGAAGGUAGAAGGAGAGAGAAAAUUAAAGCAAACUGAUAAAACAAUUAUGUAUUGGCCAAUGCUGUGUGUUAGGAAGAUGUUAGUGAGGUCAUAUAUUUUCUUUAUGAAGAAGAUAUUAAACCUAUUUAUAUUCUUUUGGUAACUUCAAUAGAAGGAGGCAGAUGUAGUAAAGGUUCUUGCCAACUACAUUUUAAUCUUAUUCACAAGCUGUGGUUUUUUUGGAACAAAUUUUUUGUUGAGGUGAAGGGGGAAAAAUUAACUCUUUUUCUUCUAUGCUCCUCUUCCUUAGCAUAUUUCUCCCUUAUUUUUCCUCUCAACUAAACUGGCAGUACAGUAUUGUGAAGAAAUAUAAACUACUUUGAGUUUUUUAGAUUUUCUUUUCAUGAUACACUGUUUCUGUGUGAAUGUAUUUAAGAUCUUUAUAUUAUCAUUUGCUAAUUCUACCCUUCUAAAUAGUUAUAUCUGGAAAGUUUCAAAGAAAAAGAUAACACUAAAAAAUUCAACCAUGUAGAAUAUAUUACACAAGGAAAAAAGCAACAUGGUAUUUUUUCUAUUUAAUUGAUAUUUCUCAUUUCCCAGUUAGAUUUUUCCCUUUUACAUUAAAAUACUAUGUGUAAAUUGACAUUGAUUCAGUAAAUGAAUAAUGAAGAUUAGGAGCUUGGAUUGACAAUUGAAACAGUGGGCAUAGAUUUUUAUAUCUUACACUAUUUUCUUCUUAUUUAAUAAAACAUGGCUUGUAUAUUGGACUACCAAGCCCUCUAAAAGCAAUAAUAAACAAUAUCAUGAACUAUUUUUUUUAGUCUUUACUUUUCAUCCAUGGGUUUUCAGGGUUUAUUUUGUGUAGUUUUAAAAUAAAAUUAAUCAUUGUUAGGACAAUGGGGCAGCUCCAAUACCCUACUUCUUUCCUUUUCCUGAUUUCUUUAUAUUUCUACUGCUAAUGCUUCAGUGAUUAUUGGUGGUGUUUAUAUGAAGAUUUGGUCUUUACUUGUGUGUCUAGAACAAAGGUUCUCAACAUAGGGUCUGUGAGCCUGUUUAAAAAAAAAUUGAUUACUAUAUUUCAAUAUAAUUAGUUUCCUUUGUAAUCUUAUAUAUUUCAUUUUAUUUUAUACACAAAAACAUUAUUCUGAGAAGAGGUCCAUGACACAAAAAAGGAUAAGAGCUCCUAGUCUACAGGAGAGCUUCUCCAGUUUCCAUAGUUUUUUGCUCACACUUUCAGGUAAGAAUCAGGACUUUAAUCUGAAAAACCUCUGAGCUUCCACUUCAGGCCCAGGCAUCCUCUGUGAUGAUCAGAGCACAAACACAUUUCUAUCAUCUUCUAUGGCUAAACUAGGCACCUGGCUAAUUAAAGGACAAAAGCAGAGUGCUCUGCAAUUAGGAUCCUGGACUGGUAUCUUGAGUUUGCUGAACAGUCACUUCUCAGCAAUGUGGCUCUUGAUGUUUGUAUACUGUGUGUAUACGUGUAGCCAGCUCAGAGAACACAGACCUAGUCUGCCCUUUGUUUUUCUCUAGCUUAUCUCAGAGGCUUCCUGUUGCCUUUGCUCCAGUUCUCUCUCCCCACCUGAUUUUCACAAGGUCGUGGUUAUACAAUGUUAUUGCCAUCAACGUCAUCUUGCCCAAACCCUUGACUUAACAGGUGAGGAAACUAAUGCCCAAGAAGGUGAAAUACCCACCUACAGCCACACAGCAAGUAAGUAACAAAACCAGAUUCAAAACCUAGCUCUCCAAAAUCCUAGCCCAGUGUUUUUCUCACUAUACCAUGCUGAAGUGUAUGGACAUUAUGCUUUACACAAUAGUGCCCUAACAUCAUUGUUGUGCUCAGUUUGCUUGUGGUAGUGUUUGAAGACUAUUCCAUUUGGAUUUACCUCAGAGGGGUUUCAGGGGCUUUCCAAGUUAUCUGUUGUAACAAUGUAUUUUUGUUGUUGGUACUACAAACGUGUGUAAAUUUUGUGUUAAUCCUUUGGACAAUUCUUUUUUGUUGUUGCUGAAUGUAUAAUUAGCAAGAACUGGAGGCAAUGUAUGUGAAUGAAGAUAUUUUGUGGGAAUAUAGCUUAGCUAUUGUAGAAAGAAGAAUGUUUCCAUAGGAAAGGGUUGUCAUAAAGUUGAGAAUGCUAUCUUUUUAAGCCUCCCUUUUCCUGAGAGAUGGCCUUGGGAAAGGCUCAAAACAGAUAAGGCCAAGCCAGUUGUCUUGAAUUUGUAAUGCUAGUGAAAAAUUAAAUGACUAUCAGUUAUGGAUUUAAUGAGAGCUUCCCUAUUUUGUGCCAGACACUGUGCUAGCUGCUUGAGGAGACAAAAAGAAAUACAUAUAAGACGUGAUCCUUUCCUUUAAAAUACUUGUAAUCUAGUUGGGAAGAUAUGGCAUAAAUAUAUGAAAAGUUAAAUAACAAUACCAAAGUAUAAGAGAUGUUACAAGUCUAUACAUAGGCCAUAUUAUUGCCAACUAGAUUGAGGGAUUGAAAGCUAAUAACUUUUUUUAAAUACUCUUUUGUGUUUCCAGUUGAGACAGGUCAAAAUUUAUCCUCUCCAAUCCAGCUAAGCUUCAUACAAACUACCCAGCUUGGUGUAUAAAUCCACUCUAUGGAUUUCUAAAAAUAGCUAAAACAUUUUCAGGGGAAGGUUUUCUCUGUUAUAUACCAAUUAGUGUUAAUGAGAGUGUGUUAUGUCUAAAUAUUGCCAUGUGAACAGGACCUUGGCUUGAAGGCUCUUAGGAACAAGUAUUAAGCAUUUUCCAUUCCUUUCUCUCACCUUUCUCACAGUGGCAAAUAAUUGGAUGGAUUACAUGCCUCUUCUCCAGUAACAUCAUGUACAAAAUGUCCCUUAGGUUAUGACAUUCCAGACCUAGAACAGGGCAUAACGUGGACUUCCUCAGCCCUGUGACUGACACAUGACUUCUAAUCAUAGGCAGAUUAUGUCAUGAGACAUAAGUCACAAUUUCAUCUCUUAAAGCUGUCAUAAUAGGCUCAAAAGGGUGGGAAUAUAUGCCAUUUUUGUUCCUGAAGUCCCAUGAUAGGAGAUAAUCCAUAAUUAUACAUUUGUAAGAAUAUACUUUUUAUUUUUUAAAAUUUUCACAACUAUAAACUUUCAGUUGUUGGAAAGAAGAUUGGAAAUAAUGGAGUAGAUCACUUUUUAUGCAUAAUUUAGAAAGAGAAAUGGUAUGAUUCUUAGUAACUGCUCAGGUAGUGGGAAGAAAAUAUUGAACACUUUGGAGUUGAGGUCUAAGAAAUGAAAGACAAUUAGGAAUUGGAACAGGAUAAAACAAACAAACACCUCACAAGUCAGGGUUAUGUUUUUCAGUUUUGUAAAGGUCUAAUCCACUCAGAUUUUGUUUUGUUUUUGACAUAUCUGACUUAUUGAUUUCUUUAUUAACUUUGUCUUGCAGAAAGAUUUAUUUAAUCGGUAGGCUAAUUAUGAAUGUGGUAUUGAAAUGCACUAAAUUGUAUUAAACUGAACUAGGAUCAGUUAUUGCAAUGGAGAAAUGUCACUGAUCCUUAUACUAUUUUUAGCAUUUCAAAAUUGUAAGUUGUGACAAUCAAAUGUUGCUUGCCUAAGUGCCAGGGAAUUCAAAUGAUUUUUUUUAACACCAAGAUUGCUAAAAAAAAAAAUGUUGUAUAAUUGUAAAUGAAAAUAUUUAUUUUUUGAAAAGCUAUGCCAUUAAUCUGAAUCUUUUAACAAACUUUUGUGGGUUUUUUUUCCUCAUACUAUUGUUGAUCUACCAUAAUUUUACUGUUGGGCAAUUCAAAAAGGAGAUAACACUGUAUACAGGGUAAAAAUGUAUCAUAUGUAUAUGUCCUUUUUGUGAUCCUCAUUUUUAAAAUUUUGCUACUUACACAGCUUUAUGUAGUUUAGGACAAUAAUGUAUUUAUAGAGAAGACAGUUGAAGGGGAAAAGCUCAUAAUAGAUUCUGAAAACCGAUAUCCCAAACUUGUCUGGCUUUUCAUGUGUUAAAUGUCAUUUAUAAAUUUAAA